AUGUCAUCUAAUGCCAAGGAUAUCGGAACACUGUAUCUAAUAUUUGCCCUAUUCUCGGGACUUUUAGGUACAGCUUUCUCGGUACUCAUUAGGCUAGAGUUAUCUGGUCCAGGAGUUCAGUUUAUAGCUGAUAAUCAGCUAUAUAACAGUAUUAUCACAAGUCAUGCCAUCGUUAUGAUAUUCUUUAUGGUAAUGCCGGCCCUGAUAGGCGGUUUCGGGAAUUUUCUCUUACCAUUACUCGUAGGUGGACCUGAUAUGGCUUUUCCAAGACUUAAUAAUAUAAGUUUUUGGUUAUUGCCUCCAAGUCUAUUCUUAUUUAUAUUUGCGGGUGGAAUAGAAAACGGUGCAGGUACAGGAUGGACUCUGUACCCCCCUCUAUCAGGAAUUCAAAGCCAUAGUGGUCCUAGCGUAGAUUUAGCAAUUUUUGGUUUGCAUUUAUCUGGGGUAAGUAGUUUAUUAGGAGCUAUGAAUUUCAUCACAACGAUUUUGAAUAUGAGAAGCCCUGGUAUUAGAUUACAUAAAUUGGCUUUGUUUGGGUGGGCAGUCCUGGUCACUGCUGUUCUAUUGCUAUUAUCAUUACCUGUUUUAGCAGGUGCCAUCACUAUGGUUUUGACAGACAGAAAUUUUAACACAUCUUUCUUUGAAACUGCCGGAGGUGUUUAUAUAUUAAUUAUCCCUGGAUUUGGAAUAGUAAGUACUACUAUUUCAGCUAGUUCGAAUAAAAGUGUGUUUGGUUAUUUAGGUAUGGUAUAUGCUAUGAUGUCUAUAGGUGUUCACCAUAUGUAUACUGUUGGUUUAGAUGUUGACACAAGGGCUUAUUUUACAGCAGCUACAUUAAUAAUCGCUGUACCUACCGCAACUUGUUAUGGAGGUUCAUUACAUUUAAUACCUUCCAUGCUAUUUGCUUUGGGUUUUGUAUUUAUGUUUACAAUAGGAGGAUUAAGUGGAGUUGUUUUAGCAAACGCUUCACUAGAUAUUGCUUUCCACGAUACAUAUUAUGUUGUAGCUCAUUUUCAUUAUGUAUUAAGUAUGGGUGCAAUAUUAGGUUUAAAUUAUAAUGUAAUGUUAGGUGUUAAUGUUACAUUCUUUCCUCAACACUUUUUAGGUUUACAAGGUAUGCCUAGAAGAAUUAGUGAUUAUCCUGAUGCUUUUGCAGUACAAGAAAAAUCCUAUACUAGUUUAGAGUGA